AUGAAAUAUAUUGAUAGAUGACUUUUUAGUACAUCACAUAAAGAUAUUGCAAUAUUGUAUUUAAUAUUCGGUUUUAUAUCAGGUAUGACAGCAACAGGUAUGUCAGUGAUUAUUAGAAUGGAAUUAUCAGCAGGUAAUGCACAAUUCUUACAUAAUAAUAAUCAUUUAUUUAACGUUUUAGUUACUGGACAUGCUAUUGCCAUGAUAUUUUUAUUUGUUAUGCCUGUAUUAAUAGGAGCAUUUGGAAAUUUCUAUUUACCAAUAAUGAUUGGUGCUGUUGAUAUGGCAUUUGCUAGAUUAAAUAACAUUAGUUUCUGAACUUUACCACCUGCAUUAGUUUGUAUUAUUGCAUCAGUAUUAAUUGAGAAUGGAGCUGGUACAGGAUGAACGGUUUAUCCACCUUUAUCAUCAAUAAGUUCUCAUUCAGGACCUAGUGUUGAUCUAGCUAUAUUUGCAUUACAUUUAACAAGUAUAUCAUCAUUAUUAGGUGCUAUUAACUUUAUUGUAACUUUCUUCAACAUGAGAACAAUCGGUUUACAUGUACUUCAAGCACCAUUAUAUGUAUGAGCAAUAUUUAUUACAGCUGUAUUAUUAUUAUUAUCAUUACCAGUAUUAACAGCUGGUGUUACAUUAUUAUUAAUGGAUCGUAAUUUUAAUACAGGUUUCUAUGAAACAGCAGCUGGAGGAGACCCAGUAUUAUAUCAACAUUUAUUCUAUAAAAUAAAUCACCCAGAAGUUUAUAUCAUUAUAAUACCAGGUUUUGGUAUAAUAUCACACAUUGUUUCAACUUAUAGUAAAAAACCAAUAUUUGGACAAAUAGGAAUGUUAUAUGCUAUGAGUUCUAUUGGUUUAUUAGGAUUCUUAGUUUGAAGUCAUCACAUGUAUGUAGUAGGUUUAGAUAUAGAUUCUAGAGCUUACUUUACUUCAGCUACUAUGGUUAUUGCUGUGCCUACAGGAAUUAAAAUAUUCAGUUGAAUUGCAACAAUCUAUGGUGGAGAAGUAAGAUUAGCUGUACCUAUGUUAUAUGCUAUAGCAUUCUUAUUCUUAUUUACUAUAGGAGGGUUAACUGGUGUGAUGCUUUCGAACGCAUCUAUUGACGUUGCAUUCCAUGAUACCUACUAUGUAGUUGGUCACUUUCAUUAUGUCUUAUCUAUGGGAGCUAUAUUCAGUUUAAUUGGAGGUUUCUAUUACUGAGGUCCAACAAUGUUUGGAUUAAAUUAUAAUAAAGUUUGAGCUGAAAUUCAAUUCUGAUUAUUAUUUAUCUCAGUUAAUGUUAUUUUCUUACCUAUGCACUUCUUAGGAUUAAACGGUAUGCCUCGUAGAAUAUCACAAUACCCAGAUGCCUUUACAGGUUGAAACUUUGUAAGUAGUAUUGGUUCUAUUAUCUCAGUUAUAUCAUUAAUAGCUGGUUUAAAAAGUAUAUUAAUACAAUUAGAAAAUGGUGAAAAUGAAAUUGAAGAAUUAAAAGUUACACCAGAUUUUACAGAAUCUAAUUUAACAAGAAAUGUUCAUGUAUCAGAUUUAGAAUUAAUAUUAAGUCGUCCUGCACAAUAUCAUACAUUCACAGAAUUACCAAUAUUAACUAAUGAGGCUCAUUAG